AUGGCCAGCAUGACUGCACUUCUGACCUGGGCUUUGGCUCUGCUCCCAGCGCUUGCAAGUGCCCAGACACAGAAAGGCUUCUGGGACUACUUCAGCCAGAGCAGCGGGGACAAAGGCAAGGCCGAGCAGGUCCAGCGGCAGAAGCUGGCAUGGGAACCCACGAGCCUGAAAGACAGCCUUGAGCAAGACCUCAGCAAUAUAGACAAGUUCCUGGAAAAGCUGGGCCCUCUCAGUGGGCAGGCGAGGGAGCCUCCUGCGCUCCCCCAGGACCCGGCGGACAUGCGGCGGCAGCUGCAGGAGGAGCUGGUGCAGGUGAGGGCGCGCCUGGAGCCCUACAUGGCAGAGGCGCACGAGCAAGUGGGCUGGAACCUGGAGGGCUUGCGGCGGCAGCUGAAGCCCUACACCGCGGAGCUGAUGGAGCAGGUGGCGCUGCGCGUACAGGAGCUGCAGGAACAGUUGCGCGUGGUCGGAGAGGGCACCAAGGCCCAGCUGCUGGGCGGCGUGGACGAGGCGCGGGGCCUGCUGCGGGAGCUGCAGAACCUCGUGGCGCACCACACGGGCCGCGUCCAGGCGCUCUUCCACCCCUACGCCCAGCGCCUAGUGAGCGGCAUCGGGCGCCACGUGCAGGACCUGCACCGCAGCGUGGCCCCGCACGCCGUCGCCAGUCCCGCGCGCCUCAGCCGCUGCGUGCAGACGCUCUCGCGCAAACUCACGCUCAAGGCCAAGGCGCUGCACGCGCGCAUCCAGCAGAACCUGGACCAGCUGCGGGAAGAGCUCAGCGCCUUUGCCGGCGCCCGCGCUGAUGGCGCGGUUGAAGGGACCAGCCGGGACCCCCAGGUGCUGUCCCAGGAGGUGCGUCAGCGACUCCAGGCCUUCCGCCACGACACCUUCCUGCAGAUCGCCGACUUCACUCGUGCCAUUGACCGGGAGACCGAGGAGGUCCAGCUGCAGCUGGCGCCGCCCCCUCCAGGUCACAGUGCCUUCGCCCCAGAGUUUCUCCAAGCGGACAGUGGCAAGGCCCUGAGCAAGCUGCAGGCCCGUCUCGAAGACCUGUGGGAAGACAUCAACUACAGCCUUCACGACCAUGGUCUCGGCCAUCAAGAGGAGCCCUGA